CCCAACUGUCCGCAGAGUAUUUCAUGUAUUCAGUGUAAUAUAAUGACUAUGUAAUGAUUGUAUUUUGUGUGAUGACUAUGUAUAAUUUGUAUUUUGUGUAAUGACUAUGUAUAAGUAAAUCACGGGAACACCCAGUGAAUAAAUAUUCUAUUCAGGAGCAAAUUUCUUUUGUAAUAUAGAAGUCUGCAGACGAACGAUUAUAUUUUAGACGAACUAUUCUUUAGUUGAUGAAAUGCUGAUUGAUUUUUUUUGCAGAUUUUUCCAUCACAUAAGAAUUUUACUCCAGAUUUUUAGAGCAAUCAAAUUCGCGCCAAUUCCAAAAAUCCUAAUUCAUAAUGAAUUUCUAUGAACACUUCAAGACUUGGGAAAUAGAUUUGUUGCGCUUGUGAACGGCGUGAGACUUUAUGCAUUUAUUUAUCAGUGUACAGCACCUUCUAUAUAUUUACAAAAUCUUUUCUCUAAAAAAUGGGGCUAACAUACCUGAACGUAUCAGAUCAGAGAAGUUUGUGAUCGUUUGCCGUAUCAUUCAUUGAAACAAUAUUUUUAUCUUUUUUACAUAUGAUAUGGACGAAUAAAACUAAGAUACUGGUACUGAAUUAUGCAAAUUUUUGAGACAACAACCUUCUCUUCUUUUUCUGAUUCAUUAAGUGGCUCGUUGUACGUAGAAAUUAAACUCUAACGAUCAGUUUUAUUCGUACGCAUCUGGAAAAUCAUCAUCAUGAAAGAAUCAAAGAGCAGCAGUAGUCACCAGCGCCUGUUUGUGCGUCUCAAAACUCGUCUUCAGUUCGACAACGACUUCAAACUAAUGGCGGUGCUCACGGUGGCAUCGUUAGUUUUAUCCACGAUUUUGAUCUAUAAAUACUGCAUCAAAGAUCCGAACGUCACAGUAUUAACUUUAAAGGGCCUCCAACCUAUUCCAGGCGAUAGCGGUAAAUACGCCGUGGAUUACGAAAAUAUUCAGCCGAGCUGGACGGACUUCUACGCCUACAUCAGAGAAACAGUCGAUGCUUGUCGGAAUGUGAAACAAUUUGGCGGCCAAGACAAUCAUUUCAUAGUGGGAACUGACGGAAAUUAUAAAGUGUGUCUGGACGAGGGCGUCGCGCCCACUCCAGGCUCCUGCACCGUCCUCUCCUUCGGCAUCAACAAUGAGUGGAGCUUUGACGACGCCAUGGAGGAGUACGGCUGUGAUGUGUACUCCUUCGACCCCACCAUGAGCGACCCCGAGCACAUCCGAGGCAAGAGGGUUCACUUCUACCCUCUGGGCCUCGGCGGUGUCACCCAAGAAGUCGAUAUUCUCCUCUCCAAGUCAAUAUUUUCUGCUAAAUGUCAGGUGCUCACCUAUCGUGACAUCCUAGCAAAGAUCGGCAAGACGAACUCAGUUAUCGACUACUUGAAGGUCGACAUCGAGGGCUUCGAGAUUGACUUCCUAGAGAACGUGCUCUACGACGAUCAGGAACUACUCUUUAGAAUCAAGCAGAUCGGCAUGGAACUACACCCAACGGUUUUCGCAAGUGAAAAUACGUCGGUGAGAAAGCAGAAGUACUGGCGGCUCGUCCACAAGCUGCGAAGUUUAGGUUUCACACCGAUAUUCGGUGAGCCCAUUCCUGUAUGGCUCCUCUCAUACACGUACGAUGGAAAAACAGAAUCACUUUGUUGUUAUGAAAUGGUAUGGAUUAAUAACCGCUUUGUGAAGAAAUGAGUUUUUAUUCAAAGUUUCUAACAACACAAUUUAUAUGAGACAUUUCGUAUUAUUGUUAUGAGCAUAAGGGUAAGAAUCACGAAUGCAAGUCAUUAGGGAUGAUACUAAUAGAAGCAUGGUACACGCAACAAAAUAUGUAACGGGUAAUGCAUAACAAGCUUGUUCAAUUUCAUUUUUUCAUAAUGCGCAAUUUGCCGCGUUUAAAUGAAAAUGAUGACUAAAGCGUAUCUAAUUCUUCAUUGUUACCUCUUCAUGUGACAACCACCACUUCAUAGCAUGUGAACUCUCUUAAAAUUACAGCAAAUUUCACGAUUACACUCGGGUUCUCUUAUUGGCUGUGGGAGUUCAAAUGAAAGCUUAACACGGCAUAGGUGUCAAGACCAUAAAUUGCCUUAUAUGGCUGCAAGCAAAGCGAUGUAGGAUUUUAAUGCGCGAGCAAAAAAAAAAUCUAGUUGAAAUGAUGGUAAUUCACUUUCAUAAAAAUCUCUCAGUCUUGAUCAAUUUAAUAGAAUGACUUUGCUGAAUGCAAAAUUGUCGUGUUUAGAACACACAAGAGUAUUUUAUUAUUUUUUCAAUGUCAAAAAGUUUCAGGAUCAGUGUUAAUUUAAGAAAUUCUAUACCUAAUGGGAGGAAAAUAAGAAAAUACGAGUUAUUGAAAACAAUGGAAUGUGUCCUGAUGUAUCCACAACCUUAUUAUAGACCUCUGCAUUUUAUGCUGUGUUUCUAUUUCUAAUAUAAGCUCUUAGCAAGAAAUAUAUUUUAGGUAACAGUAAGUAAUAAUAAAACUGUUGUAAGUAGCAGUAUUUACCAACAAAAAAUUUUUAAGUAGCUGUAAGUAACCAUAAAAACUUUUGUGAGUAGCAGUGAGUAACAAUAACAUUUCUGGAAGUUUUUUCUUUUUGGCAGUAACUAACCAUGAAAAUUUUUGUAAGAAGUAUGUAACAAUAAGAACUUUUUAAGUCGCAGUACGUAAACAUAAAAACUUCUGUAAGUAGCAGUAAGUAACAAUAAGAUAUUUUGUACGUAGCAGUAAGUAACAAUCAGAAAUUUUGUAAGUAGCAGUGUAGCGGGCCAGAUAUUGGCCUCGUUUUGUGUACUAGGUUUCAAGCCGCCGCACUCCUCGAAAGAAAACUGCCUAGAAAAAUGUACAAGCGGAACUGUCUGCGGAUGUAGUCUCACUCUAGUAGGCAGCGACUUUAUCAUUACCAUUGUUGUGCCUAUCUCUGCUGUAUUAACGUUCUUCGUCAUCUGGACCUCUCAAGUGUAAUUGUAUUUUGCGUUUCCAAAUAAUUACUGCAAAUCUCUUGAGUAAACAUUGGCCUGAACUUUAUCCUUAGUUCAGGCCAAUGUUGACGUCCGCGUAUAUUAGUUGUUUCAAUUGUCCACGAACCCUAUGGACCCGCUGGCAGAGACCUUGAAAGGUUUAGAUGAAGUAGUUUCCCGCUACAGCAGUAAGUAAACAUAAAAACCUUUGUAAUAAGCAGUGAGGAACAAUAAGAACUUUUGUCAGUAUCAGAACAAAACUCCAAAAGAGCAUCAUACUUUCUUCGGUGCUUCGUUGCUAUGUUGUCAAUCCUAUCAGAGUUGUGGCAAUUACAGGAUAACUACAGCCCUCAUUUCCCAAUUCUAUACGAUACUCGAUCGAAUAAAAACAUCAGACCAUUAUCGAUAACUGACAUUCUAUCACCUUUGAAGUUAUAAUUACUACCAUCUUUUUUCGUGAAAAUCCCUUCGAUGCAUAGGUAACUGUCUGAUGGUAGUAUAAACUGAUCUUGAUACCGAAUAAUAAACUUGCUUUCAUUGCGUUCACGAUUUAAAUCGGUUCUAAUUUGAGGCUCAUAAUCAUGAGUUUCAUCAACAUUAUGAAUUGAUUCAUCAAUUCAUAUCCAUUCAAUUGUAUAUCCUGGGGGAACAUUGGGAAGAAAUGUGUACACGAUAUAGUUAAAAUCACCAUUGAGAUACGAUCCUUUGAUUAUACUGCCAAUGAACAAGUAUUGCAUUAACAGAAAUUAUAUUUACUAUAUUUGUACUUUCAUGUUCUACAACACUUUCCAACACUCCAGUAUCAAAGCCUAACAGAGUAUGUAGACUGUUGAGUUUGCUGAAAUAAAUUUUCAAGUCAAAAUCACGAUUAGUUAUUACACAUUUCAGAGUAUUGGUGUUCGAUCUUAUAUCAAUCGAGUACUCGUUUCCGUAUGCAUUUUUGAUAAUCUUAUUCAUACUCUCUAUCUCAUAGCAUCCGGUCGGUAUAGUUAUAGGGAUUACUAUAUCAUGUUUCCCAACAGAAAUGUUAUACAGAAAUAUAUAUUAUAUUAUACAUAUUAUAUGAGACAAAUAAUAUAAUAUUAUAAUAUUAUAUUAUUUGUCUCAUCGAUAUUCGGGAUGGAGUGACACAUAUCCAAUUCCACCAAUGCCAUUCAUGAAAUUUGUUUGUAUCCAAUUUUAUUGGUGGCGUGAAAUUCGUGUCGUAUAUCACUGUUUCCACAGGUAAUAACUAAUUUUUGUAAUUCAAUUUUCUUAAACAAAAAUCAUUCAAUAGUUUAACAUCACGCUCAAUAAAUAAAUUUUGUUUAUAAAGCCAAAUAACAAUUGAUGUCCUGCAACAGUAUCAUUGACGUUAGUAGCUAAAACUAUUAUUCCUGAUCCUGAAACAUCUGAAUCAAUAUCUGGUCUUGAUUCCGGAGCUCGAUCCCUAGACGAUGUGGGACAUGCAGCUUUUAUUCUAGUAACUUCAUAGCAUUAAUUUUAUUUCUGCAUCACUUUAUAGAGUGGUUGGAUGAAUUUGUUGUACUUCUCUCUUUUGUUUGCUUUUAUUGUUCCAUCCGGCUUGAGAUGAGCCUUAGUCUGUCUCAAAAUCGUUAGAUAAUUUGCCACAUAAUUUUCUUCAUAUUUUUCAUGGGAUUGUUUUAUUAGUAGCUCCCAUAACCCAACAGUUCCUUCAUAGACUUCAUUACCAAUCCCUAAAUCAUUACCUUGGAUGCUGACAAUUAUUGUAUCUCCUAGCAUAAUGUUUUUACCAUCAAAUUUAAUGCCAUAAGCUCUGUCAUACUCAGAUCCAGGUUUGAACGCUAGAUUUUAAAAAGUUUCAGCUAUUGAA